AUGUCGACAUCAUCAGUGCAAGCUGAAACUGAUCUUUCGGCUGUACUUCCAUCAUGCUCCCAUACUGGUGUCAAUCUUGAUGUCGAUGUUCUUACUAACAUCUUUGAGAAAGUCGGCACAAUUGGAAAUAUCCGUGACGUCAUCAAGCUCACGCCGCUUUCAUCAUGGGCCGCUUAUGGUAUCGAGCGAGCCCUGACUAAUCACAGCCAUAUUCGAGUGGAUAUUCGAGCUCCAGUCGAAUUCCGGAUUAUUGGUUUGAAAAAGGAGAAACUACCCGUACCUGAACCCGUGAUAUAUAUUCAGGGUUCCCGGGUAACUCCUGCGGCGGCCAAGGAGCUUAUGGCGUUUCUUAUUGGUAAAAUGAAGGAAAUCAAAGAAGUCUCACUGAACAUUGAAGAUUCUGAUCUCACAAUUUUCAACGCGCUACUCGAUCAACUCAUACAAGCCGAAAAUGUUAAGUUGGAAGUUUUGCACAUUAAACGGCGCAAGGGCGGGCAGACAAUUCCGAAGAUAUCCGAUCUGAUAGCAGCGAAUGCAUCUACACUUCGAGUGGUCGGUCGGAUUGGACUGUCUGAAGCUGGUGCUCUGAAUUCGUCGAUGCACCUGGAGCGUCUCUCGUUGAUGAUGUUCGAUUUGGGAUUCGAUGCUUCUCAGACGGCAAUUUGUAGUCAUUUUCUGGAGAUAGCCAGAAGUGGAGCCACUUUCCGACACCUCUCUUACACAAGCUUCGUCGGCUUUGAUCCUACCGAUGAUGUUGUA